AGUGACAUAAUUUUUUUUUUUCUUGAAUUAUAGAGGGAAAAAGAAAAAAUAGGGUUAAAUUAAUGAGAUUCGAUUUUUAAAUCAUAUUUUAAAAAAUAGUAAUUAUUCCAACUCAGAUAAGAGUUGAUUUUCAAAGAAAUGACAUAAAUUGAAUCAAUUUCUCCUUGGUUUAUUUUUACAUUCAUCCAAGUUGAAGUCCAAGAAAUGAAGAUGGAAUUAUGUUCUACAACGCCAUUAAAUCGGAUGGUCAGAAAAGCUCAUGAUAUAUCAAGACCCUUCAUCUUCAUUCUCUUAGCAUCCAUCAUCUUCAUUGCUAUUUUGUACGGUCAAGAUUUUUCCUGCACUUUCUGCCAUUUUUAUCGUCUUCAACCCCAGAAAAUACUUGAUUCUUCGCAUCAAAAUUCUAAGUCUCAUUCAAACUUAGGUGAAAUGGAAAAAGAGAGUAGAGAGGAAAUGUUGCCAUUUGCAAUAGGGAAGACGCCGGAAAAUUGCGAUAUAUUCGAUGGAAAAUGGGUGAAGGAUAGAAAGAGUGAACCAAUGUAUGAAGAGUGGGAGUGUCCUUACAUUCAUCCUCAGUUGACAUGCCAAGAAUACGGUCGUCCUGAUAAAGAUUAUCAGUAUUGGCGAUGGCAGCCUCAUGGUUGUGAUCUUCCCAAAUUUAAUGCUACCUUAAUGUUGGAGGCUCUUCGGAACAAGAGAAUGCUGUUUGUUGGCGAUUCCUUAAACCGGGGCCAGUUUGCAUCCAUGGUGUGUCUUCUUCAUAGACUGGUACCUGAAGAAGGAAAAGCGAUGAACAGUUCUUACGAUUCAUUGACAGUUUUCAGAAUGAAGGAUUACAAUACAACCAUAGAAUUCUACUGGGCACCCUUCCUGCUCGAGUCAAACUCCGAUGAUGCUGGUGAUCACAAGGCACCAGACAGAAUAAUUCGUAAAGGAUCUAUAAAUACACAUGGGAAAAUUUGGAAAGGUGCUGAUAUAGUGGUGUUUAACACCUACCUCUGGUGGAUAACUGGCCUCCCGAUCAAGAUGGUGAAGGGGUCAUUGAAAGAUGAGGUGCAGGUAACAGAAGAUGUUUCAACAGAGGAUGCUUAUCGAAUGGCAAUGAAGAGUAUAUUGAGAUGGGUUCGGAGGAACAUGGACCCGAAGAAGACAAGGGUCUUCUUCACUAGCAUGUCACCUACUCAUAGAAAGAGCACAGAAUGGGGAGGUGAGGAAGGUGGAAACUGUUAUAACGAGACAACUCCGAUAGAUGAUCCUGAAUACUGGGGUUCAGAUUCUCAUAAAAGCAUAAUGGAAGUCAUACAUGAAGAGUUCACAAAAUCGGAAGUGCCCAUAUCAUUACUCAACAUAACCCAACUAUCAAGCUAUCGCAAGGACGCACACACGCAAAUUUACAAGAAGCAAUGGGGACCUCUGACUCCAGAGCAGAUCGCGAACCCUAAGAGUUAUGCUGACUGUGUGCAUUGGUGUUUACCGGGAUUGCACGAUAUCUGGAAUGAACUUUUAUAUGCAAAACUUUUCUAUCCUUAACAAGACCAGGUUUUUCGAGAGCUUCUACUUACUUUCCCCAAGAUCAGUUCGUAGAUGAAAGCAUCCUAAUGCCUAUUUAUGCCAAGGGGAAGAAUUUUCAGAGAGACUAAGAAUCAGAGAAUUAACAACAAAGAAGUUUUGCUUAAAAUAACAUUAUAAUUCAUAACAAUUGGUUCAAAUUUGAUUAAUUCUUUGUACAUGAAACGUCAAGUAAUGUAAUGCAGAGAACUGGAGAAAUCAACGAUGGUAAUGAAAGUCUUGAACUUUUUUAUGUACAAA